AUGGCGACGCGUUGGGGGCGCGCCAAGAAGGAGGCAGGACGAGAGUUCGGGAAAGCUCGGCCGCCGCCCACCUGCGCGGAGAGAGGAAAAAAAAAAUGGCGUCACCUCAGAGCCGGGCGUAUGCGCAGGCUGCCCCAAGGUGGGCUGCCCCAUCGCCCCGCCCCCCACGCGGGCCGCCCUCUCCGCAUGCGCAGUGCUUCCUCCGCAUGCUCCAGUCGCCUGUGCGUGUGCCGCCUGGGACCUGCGGAGAACCGAGCGUCCACCUCACGUGCUCGGUGUCCCCGCCGUAGGAAGACGUAUCUACAUUCUUUCCCUCGAGCACCCGCCUUCCAGAACGGGGGCGAAAUCCUGAAGGAGAGCAAAGGGCAAGGACUCUGCCAGUAA